AACUUGUAUACAUCGUAUUCCCAACAAAUACAACAAUAAUGGCAUCCGUCUUUGUAUGAAUAAAGGCGUGUGUCGUAAACUUGCUACACCUUUUCCUUUAAUGUUAAAAUUCAUCAGCAUAGUGAGAUAUACAGUAUAUAACUUAUUGUUACUCCAAAAUCUCAUUGAAUAAAUUAUGUAUCUACUAAUGGGUGGGUCGGAAUUGAUGUGAUACUUCCGGAAACCAAUGGAGAUGGAUAAACAGAAAACAGAUAGCUGUUACAUUGAAAUAUAUGUAGAAUAUCAAAAUAUUUGAAAAGGAGGAAAACGAAGAGUUUUAAUGUUGAUUAGUCAACUUCCUCAUCCUGUCUAACUAUAAGAGGCAUUUUUUAUACUUUACUUUGAAGAGUUUUUCAAAGGUUUAAUAUGAUAAUAGUGGUAAUUGGUCUACUAGAAAGGUGUUCCAUUUAAAAAUUACAGUUCCCAGGAUGAGAAUAAAAAAAAUGUCAAGUUAUACUACCAUGAACCAAACAAUAAGUUGUAUAGUAUUAUGAAAUAAUGAAAUCAGUAUGACAUACUACAAUAGUUGGUAUGAUUUUUGAAAUUUGCUUUGAUAAGCUGAUGAAAUAAAGCCAAGUGAAAGUGUUAUGGGAUAGAAAAAACAAAAAGUGCAAAAUUGAUAGAAAGUAUAAUACUAGAAUUUGUAAAACCUGAAUAUGGAAAAUGUUGAAGAGAAGUAAAAAAUUAUUAUAUAAAAAUAACAUAUGAAAGCACAUAUGAGAAUUCAAUAGUAGCAUAUUAAACUUGAUAAUUACAUUUUCAACUUUCUUACUCCCAAUGUAUAUACUCUCACUUGCACUACUUUUCCGGCUGAAUUCUAAAUAUAAGAGUCAUAAACAUUAAGCAGGAAAGCAAGUGUGGGUCAUUUGAUCCAUGUUAUAUACUGGAAAUAGUUUCAUUUCUGUGGAGUCAGAGCUGCUGUUCUAGAAGUGGAAAGAGGAUGCGUGGGUUCUGUUGCCACCUCAGGGAACACGUGGGUGUUGCUGAAACGUAUGACUAUCCGCGUUGGUUUACGUUGUGUUCAUAAGGGAUACGAGAAGGACGCGUCCUCGUAGGCGGUCCAACGAAGAUCACAAGAGUUAUCUCAAUACUUGACUUCUUCAGUGACAAAGUUCUUAUUUGGUAUUUGAAAAUCAACGAGGGACUAACAAUGUGUAGGAGAGCACCGAUGGGCGUGUAAUAAAGAUAAAAAUCCUUUAUCAAUAUUGUGAUAGAUGUGACAGCACGUGUUUUGCAUUAAUAAAGUGUUAAACAAUAACUAAAAGAAUGGAUUUUAAAAGUUUUACUACACCUUUCACUGUUUUAGGCCCUGAUGCUCCUGAUGCAAAUGAUGAUUUGUAUUAUAAAAAGAUAUUGGAUAACUUAUACAAUAAACUUAAUCUUAAAACUCAUUUAAAUAGUGAUAAUCUCCGUCCAACAAUUCACAAUUUAAUUAAUGAAGAUGGCGAUAAGCUUCUCGAGUGGUUUCUGCUUGGUACAGCAGCUUUACAUUUUUUUGUUCAACUUAACUUUACUGGUCCAAAAGUUUCUGAAGACCUGGAGUGGUUGAACAAUAAAAACGAUGAAGCUCAUCAAGAACUUGCUGUUGAAGAUCAGUGUAAUGACAACGCUGUUAAUUUGGAACUGUUAUAUUUAGCUAAAUUAAUUUUUUCCCAAGAAAAAGUCCAAAAAACCUAUGACAUAUCAAUUUGGUGGUUGUUCAGAGCUCAUUAUGUUCAUCAACUAAUUUUAGAUGAGACGUCUAAUGUUAUUAUAGAAAAUUGUGAGCCAUUAAUUCAGAAAAUAAGCCAAUUUGAUGCUUGGAAUAAUGAAGAGAAUAAAAGCUUAGAAGUAUUAUUUAAUGUUGAGGCAGCACACUUCUGGUUACUUUAUAAGAGAAUUAAUAAUUCUGAAAAGCACUUAAAAACAGCUGAAGAUAUUGCAAUGCUUGAUUUAAAAUUAGAAGGUGCUAUGGGAAAACGUACUAAAUUUCAGCAAGAGGAAAAGCCACAAUUAUUUCUUCAUAUUACAACUGGAAAGCCAAUCUUCCCUUACGAAGCUAGUCCUGAUUUACCAAUUUCAGUGAAUCUAAUUGAUGAUCUAAGAUUAGAAACAAUUAAAUUUUCAAAGGAGAUUAAGCGACCAGAACUAGGUGCCAUUGAAGAAUCAAUUAUUCUGGCUAAAUCUGUUCAUCUUCAAAUGAAUCAACCAAAAGACAACUUUGCUGAGGAAGAAAUUAUGCCUUAUUUAAAUGCAGUAAUUGAAAGCACGAAAAAUUGGCCAUUGAAAAUGGAAACCUUGAGACAACGUUGUGUAUUCGAAAUGAAGGAUAAACGGGGUAUAGAGAGGGCUUUAUCUCAGUCUGAAAGCCUUGUAGGACAAUGCAGCCAAUCAAAGCCGAGUGUCUUUUACAGAAUGAAUAUUCUUUUUGCUAGUGGUAUGAAACCCAUUUGGAUAUUCAAGCAAAACUUGGCAGACGCAAUGUUGAGCUUAGGAAUGGUGAAGGGUGCUUUGGAUCUUUAUCUCAAGCUUCAGCUAUGGGAAGAAGUAAUAGUAUGCUACACGAUACUGGAAUUGCGUCACAAGGCUGCAGAAAUUAUUCGUCAACAAAUUUCAAAGAAGCCUACGGUAAAAUUAUGGUGUUUACUUGGAGAUGCAGAACAAGAUACAAGUCAUUAUGAAACAGCUUGGGAGUUGUCUAAAAAACGAAGUAGUCGAGCACAAAGACACUGGGGUUUGUACUAUUUUUCAAAACAACAAUAUGCUGAGGCUAUCCCACAUUUGAAAACAUCUGUUCAGUUGAAUAACAUCCAGGAAAAUGUUUGGAUCCGUCUCGGCUUUGCUGCAAUGCAAGUUGAAGACUGGAAUCUGGCUGCAAAAGCUUAUCGACACUACUGUGAACUUGAACAAACGAAUUUUGAGGCUUGGAAUAACUUGGCAAAGGUUUAUAUAAAGUUAGGUGAUAAAUCUAGAGCAUGGUACUCACUUCAAGACGCCGUGAAGUGCAAUUAUGAGAAAUGGCAAGUUUGGGAUAAUUUGAUGGUUGUCAGCGUUGACUUAGGACACUUUUCAGAAGUCAUUAGGUGUUAUCAUCGUCUUUUAGACCUCAAGGAAAAGCACGUAGAUAUCUUGGUACUGCGAAUAUUAACUGAAGCUGUUCGUAAAAAUAUUAACGAUUCUGAAGGACAGCCAGCGGGAAAACUUCUUCAUAAAACUUUGGAACUUUUUGGACGAUUGACUGCAUUAAUCCAUAAUGAUCCAGACAUUUGGAGACUUUACGCUGAAUUAACAGUUGUUCAAAAAACUGAUCUUGAUUUCCAAAAAGCUGCUCAAUACUUACAACGGGCUUAUCGCUCUUUGACUGUUGAUCCUAAAUGGCUUCAAACUAUUGAAUCAACAAAAAGUGUUUUACAGUUGUGUUCAGAUCUUGGAGAUACUUACCUAAAGUGUUCGGAAAAUGCAACUAUUUUACAAAAAAGAUCAAUGCUAGGAAGUGCAAAAUUAUCUCUCCAGUCAGUUAUCACGAAAGUUAAACAGGAAAGACUUACUGAGCAUCAAGAUAUUGUUGUAAUGUUAGAGAGUCUUGAAAAUCUAUUGAAACUUAUCGUGGAGGAACUUGAUAAAAUAAAAAUGUCUGAAUAAGUUAUUCGUUAUGGGGUUUUAUUUUU